CCGCCGCCGCCGCCGCCGCCAUUCCUACGCCCGCGCUCUCUGGGCCGGGCACCGCUGUUUCGCGCGGCCAGGACGCACCGCGCCAGAGCCAAGAUUUCUGAAGACUCCUUCCUAGAAACAAUUGGGAAGUUUCAAGAGGCACGAGAUACAGGAUUUCUUCAGAGGGCCGCACGCUGUUUAAGAACCAGGUGGCCUUUGACAUUUGCAGUGGUGAGGGCGGCUCGACCUCACCCAGAGUGCUGAGAAAUGCGGGGCCUCUGGGCUCGCGCCGCCUGCCAGCUCCAGGCUGCCCUGCUGCUCUGAGUGGCGACCACCCUGACACCCACCGUGGGCUCGCACGCCCGCGGGCAUUUGCUGCCGAAGUCCCCACUGCGGCCCCAGCCGAUGAGGAUGUGCGCCCCCGUCGGGGGGCUGCUCACCGCCCUCGCCGUGGUGUUUGGGACAGCGGUGGCGUUUGCACCCAUACCUAGGAUCACCUGGGAGCACAGAGAGGUGCAGCUGGUGCAGUUUCACGAGCCGGGCAUCUUCAACUACUCGGCCUUGCUGCUGAGUGAGGACCAGGACACCUUGUACGUGGGCGCCCGGGAAGCCGUGUUUGCCUUGGACGCACACAAUAUCUCCAAGAAGCAGCAUGAGGCAUAUUGGAAGGUCUCGGAAGAUAAAAAAGCAAAAUGUGCGGAAAAGGGGAAAUCAAAACAGACAGAAUGCCUUAACUACGUCCGCGUGCUGCAGCCCCUCAGCGCCAGCGCCCUUUACGUGUGCGGGACCAACGCGUUCCAGCCAGCCUGUGACCACCUGAACUUAACAUCCUUUAAAUUUCUGGGCAAAAAUGAAGACGGCAAAGGAAGGUGUCCCUUCGACCCAGCACAAAGCUACACGUCCGUCAUGGUUGAUGGAGAGCUUUAUUCUGGGACGUCAUAUAACUUCUUGGGAAGCGAACCCAUCAUCUCCCGAAAUUCUUCCCACAGUCCUCUGAGAACGGAGUAUGCGAUUCCUUGGCUUAACGAGCCCAGCUUCGUGUUUGCUGACGUGAUAGAGAGCCCGGAGGGCGGGGACGACGGGGACGACAAGGUCUACUUCUUCUUCACGGAGGUGUCUGUGGAGUACGAGUUCGUCUUCAAGCUGAUGAUCCCAAGGGUAGCGAGGGUCUGCAAGGGGGACCAGGGCGGCCUGAGGACCUUACAGAAGAAGUGGACCUCCUUCCUGAAGGCCAGGCUGAUCUGCUCCCGGCCGGACAGCAACCUCGUCUUCAACGUGCUGCGAGACGUCUUUGUCCUCAGGUCUCCCGGCCUGAAGGAGCCCAUGUUCUAUGGGGUCUUCACCCCACAGCUGAACAAUGUGGGGCUGUCGGCCGUGUGCGCCUACAACCUGUCCACAGCCGAGGCGGUCUUCUCCCGUGGGAAGUACAUGCAGAGCGCCACGGUGGAGCAGUCGCACACCAAGUGGGUGCGCUACAACGGGGCCGUGCCCACCCCGCGGCCCGGGGCGUGCAUCAACCGGGAGGCGCGUGCGGCCAACUUCUCCAGCUCCCUCAACCUCCCAGACAAGACUCUGCAGUUUGUCAAAGACCACCCUCUGAUGGAUGACUCCGUGACCCCGAUAGACAACAGGCCCCGGCUGAUCAAGAGUGACGUGAACUACACGCAGAUCGUGGUGGACAGGACCCGGGCCCUGGACGGGACGGUCCAUGAUGUCAUGUUCGUCACCACAGACCGGGGCGCCCUGCACAAAGCCAUCAGCCUUGAGAACAACAUCCACAUCAUCGAGGAGACACAGCUCUUCCAGGACUUCGAGCCUGUCCAGACCCUGCUGCUGUCCUCCAAGAAGGGCAGGAGGUUUGUCUAUGCCGGUUCCAACUCGGGCGUGGUGCAGGCCCCCGUGGCCUUCUGCGGAAAACACGGCACCUGCGAGGACUGCGUGCUGGCCCGGGAUCCCUACUGCGCCUGGAGCCCCGCCACGGUCGCCUGCAUCGCCCUGCACCAGACCGACGGCCCCAGCAGGGGGUUGAUUCAGGAAAUGAGCGGGGAUGCGUCCGCCUGCCCCGAUAAAAUUAAAGAAAGUUACCUGCAGCAUUUUUUCAAGCAUGGUGGCACAGCAGAACUCAAAUGCUCCCAAAAGUCCAACCUGGCCCGGGUGGUGUGGAAGUUCCAGAAUGGCGUGCUCAAGGCCGAAAGCCCCAAGUACAGCCUGGUGGGCAGGAAGAACUUGCUCAUCUUCAACCUGUCGGAAGGAGACAGUGGGGUGUACCAGUGCCUGUCUGAGGAGAGGGUCAAGAACAAGACAGUGCUGCAGGUGGUGGCCAAGCACGUUCUGCAGGUCAAGGUGGUCCCUCGAACUCCAGUGGCCUCCACCUCGCCGGUCACACGGACAGAAGGGAGUAGGAUCACCUCCAAAGCAUCAGCGGGGCCCACCCAAGGCUCCUUUGCCCAGACCCCAGCCGUGCAGGUCACCACUCCCAGUGCUAUCGCCCUGCCCUCCAGCCCCGAGGGGCCCACCAGCAUGUCCUGUGAACCAAAGAUUGUCAUCGACACGGUCCCCCAGGUCCACUCGGAGAAGACAAUGUAUCUCAAGACCAGUGACAACCGCCUCCUCAUGUUUCUCUUCCUCUUCUUCUUUGUCCUCUUCCUCUGCCUUUUCACCUACAACUGCUAUAAGGGCUACCUGCCCGGACAGUGUCUGAAGUUCCGCUCGGCCAUGCUCCUCGGGAAGAAGCAGCCCACGUCGGACUUCUCGGAUUGCGAACAGAGCGUGAAGGAGACGCUGGUGGAGCAGGGCAGCUUCUCCCAGCAGAACGGGGGGCAGCCCAAGCCGGCCCUGGACACCGGCUAUGAGACAGAACAGGACACCAUGGCCAGCAGGCUGCCCACUGACCGGGAGGACUCGCAGAAGAUCGACGAGCUCCCGGUCAGGGACCGGCCAUUCGACGUCAAGUGCGAGCUGAAGUUCGCCGACUCGGACGCAGACGGGGACUGAGGCGCCCGCUGCUCCCCGGGAGGUCUUCGUGUUGCCAGUUCAGUCCCCCGUCCAGUGCUGCGUAGGUAGCCGUGGUCAGCGAACCUCAGUCUUCUGUGUCUUUUCUCUUGGGUCGCGCUUGUGACUUGGUUUCUCUUUGUCCUUUCGGAAAACGGCGAGCAUCGCGGCCGGCCUGCUGGUCGGUGGGGCCCUUGGAGUCAUGCCUGCAGGCUCGCCCGAGGCCGCUCUGGCGGGAAGACGGCCGGGCCGCCACCGGCCAAGGAAGAGUUGGGCCGUGAGCGUCCCCUCCUUGUAGCAGCCACUGAAAGAGAAUUGAAUUCCAGAUUGGAAAUGACGUUUUAGUUUAUCAGAUUGGUAACUUAUUGCUUGUUGUCCAGGUUGGCACGAACCUUUUCUUCCACAGAAUUACUUUUUAGGAUUUUUGCUUUAAUUAUGUUGGCGUGUUGGGUCGUUCAUUUUUUAAAUUACUAAAGCAGAUGUUUUAAUAUUUGGAAGAUGUACAUCUUCUGGAUUUUGUUGUAUAUUAGGGUAAAGGUAUGGCUUAUGUUGCUUAAGAU